UAUUUGUGUUAUGUUUCCACUUUGCAUCUCUCGCUUUAGGUUCCAACAUGGCAGACUCCGUGAGGGAGCAGAAGUUAGUCGCUGCCAGAAGGAAGCUGCGACAGUUUCAGAAGAAGAAAGGUACCAAGAGCAGCAGUGUCAGCCAUCAGGAAGGAAUCCCUAAAUGUGAGAUACGUGUUUAUGAAGAUGAAGCUCCAUUAUCUGAAGCUGGGACCCUUUCCUCCUUUGCCUCUUCUGUUGACCUUGCAUCAGAGGAGAUGACAGACAUGACAGAUAAAACUGGCAUCCAAGUAAACACUGAAGUGCUGAAACAUGAAAAUAUAAUUCUUCCUAAUGGUUCCCAAUCUGAUAGACAAGAGACAGCAUCCUUACAGGGUGUUCAGACUUCAUAUUCAACAUUAUCAGCUAGUGAUAAUCAACCACACACAGGGUGUUCACAAAUGGAUCAGCCAAGUGAUGUUGCUCUUCAUAACAACCAAGCACCAGAAACCAUAGAAGAUAAUCAAGAAUAUACAAAUCCAGAAUCAGAUGAAAAGCUCCCAUCUACUGCAUCUCAGUCUGAGGGAUCUCCCAUCCCAGAGAGUCCUGCACUGUGUGGGUUCAAUCAGACAGUUGGUGAGGAUUCUCCAGAUCUCAUUGUGGGGAGAAGCAUUCAUACUGGAUAUCAGCAGUUAGCAGGACCACUACUUAGCACCUUGCAAAUGGACUCAGAAGCCCAGGAGUCUCAGGUUUCCCAGGAAAUGCUUGAGAGGGAAGGCUCAGUCAGUUCAGAGACCACUGCCAGUGUGAUGACAGCAAUACAUGUGCCUGGUAGGGAAGGCAAAGACCACCAACCCAUCCUCAAGUCAUCUUCAGAGAGCUUGCGGCAAAUUUCCCUGCAGCUCAGUGGUCUAAUGUUGGGAAGUGAGGGCCCUGAGGGAGUGCCAGACGCAGCUGUGAGUGAGCUGGAGAGGCGCAAUGCAGAGCUGGCGGCACUGUUGCAGCAGGAAAGGGAAGCAUCACAGAAACAAACACAGCUUAGCAACCAUCUGAAAAGUCAACUGGAGAAAGUAGAAGCAGAGCUUGCAGCAGCACGAGGAGUUUUGAGUUCUGCCCCGAAGGGUGGAGGAGCCUGGGAAGUGGAGAGCCUGAGGGAGCAGCUGCAGGUCCACAUCCAGACGAUUGGCAUCUUGGUGGCUGAGAAAUCUGAGCUGGAGUCCAAGUUAACACAAGCUGAUCAUGCCCGGAAAAGGAAAGCAGAGGAGGUGAAUGAGCUAGAGGGGAGACUGAGCGCUUCACGGCAGCGUGUGAGGGAAGUAGAAGCAAAGCUGGCAGAAGUAACUGGUGACAGAAACAACACCACUGGACUCUUGGAAACUCACCAGAAGGAACUAGAGGCAAGCAAAGCAACUAACUUAAAGACCAAUAAAUUGUGUGAUGAGCUGAGAGCAACUGUUGCUGAAUUAAUGGAACGGCUGAGUGUGAAGACGCAAGAUUUUGAUAAAUUGUUAACCCAACUUUCUAACACCAAGAGUCAGCUGGCCAUGGCAAACCUUCACAACCAGCAGCUACGUGACAAUGUGGGAGAGUCCCAGCUGGAGAAAGUGUUAGCAGAACACAGGGAGACUCAAAAACAGCUGGAAGCAUCACAGACAGAACUUGCCAGGGCCAGCACUGAAAACUCCCAAAUGGCAGCACACUACCAACAUUACACAGCUGAGCUGACGGCACAAACACAAAUGCUCCAGGAACAGAUUGCACAGUUAACAUCAGAGAAGGAAGAGCUGACAACAUCCCUUAAAGAUAUGGAAUCCAAGUUGAAAGUUGCCCUGCAGACUAAAACAUCUGAGGGAGAAGAGCCUGGCCAGUGGAAGGCUGAGAAGGAGCAUCUCUCAUACAUCAUUACCUCUCUACAGGAGGAGAUGCUGCAGCUGAAGGAAAACAAUGCUGCUCUGAAAAAUGACAACAGUCAGUUAUCAAAAUUGGUGGACCAACUGUCUCACAAUGUGGAGGGGCUGGAGAUGGAGGUGGAGCGCAGCAAAACCAAGGAAGUGGACACAUCGCAGCUGUUGGAGGCCAUGCAGAGUGACAAGGUUGCUGCAGCGAGGGCACUCACUCAGAACAAACAGCUCAAGGAACAACUGGAGGAGCUUCAGAGUGGCUUCAUCAUCAUGAGCAAUAAGAAAUUAGAAUUGACUGAGAAACUAGAAAAGGAACUGCACUUGAAGAAGCACAAGAACCAAGAAAUUACAUCAUUAAAUGAAAUGAUAACAAAUCUAAAGCAAGAGGCAUUGCAGAAAGAGCGCGAGAUCACUGUGCUGCGGGAGAAGACAGAGUCCCUUAGUGGUCAGCUGGUGACAAUCCACAACCACAGCCAUCUUGAAGAGAAUGGCCUGAGCCACGACCACCUCGCUCAAGAAAAUAUCACGUUGACAGAGCAGAUUAAAGAACUAGAAGAUAAGCUCAAACUUUCAAAGAUAGAAAUCGAAGACCUCACAAGACAGAAUAAUGAGCUGCAUGCACUUAUUACAGAGUAUAAAGUCAUUCCCUCAGAGGAAAAAGACGAGGAUGGCACUUCACAUGAGAACUCAGAAGCUGAAGGUACAGAUACCAAGGGGAAAUUGCUGGGUAAAGUGGCUACAUUGACAUCUGAGGUUAGCAGGUUGGAGAGUGAGUGCAGCAGUCUUCAGGUUCAGCUAGACUGUGAGAGGGAUAAGUAUAACAAACUGCUGGGAGAAUCUCUUGCUCAUGAAAAAUCGUCUGAAGAUGUCAUAACUGAACCAAAAGGAGAAACAACAAAAUUGGGAGGAACUGAGCUUGAACAGAAGCUGCAACAACUGCAGGAGGCUCACAGGGUGCUGGAGAGCAGGUUCACCCGCAGCAUGAAGGAGGUGGCCGAGCUGAGUGAUGAGAAACAGCAGCUUGAGCAUGUUGUGGCACAGCUGCAGCUGGAGACAGAGUCCAUCGGUGACUAUAUCACCAUCUACCAGUUCCAGCGAGGAGUGAUGAAGCAGCAAGCUCGAGAACGUGAGUUAGAACUUUCCAGUCUCCAUCACGAACGAGAGGAAAUGAAGCAAAAGAUAACCACUCUGCAGGAUUUGAUAUCAAAGCUAGUACAGGAAAAGGAAGCAGAUCAUGACCUUGAGCAGCUCGAGAAGAUAAGCAGCGUCCUUAAGAGUCCAGUUGCUAUCAUUAAUGGUGUUGGAACCAGUGAGUCCGAGACAUCCACCAGCAGUGGAGAGGUGGCUGACGAGCGCCUCAAGCACUCUGAAAAGGGGGAGCAACAGCAAGAAACAGAAAAUUGCAUCCAUCAUUCUUUGCCUGAGGAGGGAAUGGAUGCUGUGUUGACCCUUGACACUGACGUCCCUCAUGAGGAGAAUAUGAAUCCUACAGAACUUGCCCAUAGAAAGACCAAAACUGUUACUGCUGCCACUACCACCACUGCCACUGUUUCCACUGCCACCAAAAGCCCAACUGUGCAGAGAAUCCUGGACCUCCUCAAUGAAAUGGAGUCCACCAGUCAGCUGGAGCACUCUGGCCUCCAAAAGUUCCAUCCAUGUCCAUUGUGUUCGGGUAAACUUAUCACUGUAUAAGGGGACAAGUAUCAGUGUAUGGUUACUAUAUACUGAUUUGUACUUAAAGAUGUCAUGUCACAUCAUAUCUCUCUUUUUUUUUGUUACUUUGCAUGUUGCUUUACUCUUUCCACUCUCUCUCUCUCUCUCUCUCUCUCUCUCUCUCUCUCUCUCUCUCUCUCUCUCUCUCUCUCUCUCUCUCUCUCUCUCUCUCUCUCUCUCUCUCUCU